AUGGCCUCUGGCUUCACGCUGCGUCAAAUUCACACCGUCCUUGCCAGAAGGCAACCACGUGUACUUACUAGCACCAAACGGCUGUCAUCCUCAUCCGCAGUCCAAACACAGAACCUCACCUAUCCACUCUACCCAUCGGUCAUCCAGCUCCUUCACGAGAAGGGCAUCCCUGACUCCGAUGUGUCUAAAAUUCCCGCAUCAGGCCCUAAGGGCCGUCUCCUGAAGGGUGAUGUCCUCGCCUAUCUUGGCGUCAUCGCCUCCGACUACCCAGCGACCCAAGCAACCCGAAUUGAAAAGCUCAGCCACCUCGACCUGAGCAACAUCAAGAUCGCCGCCCCCCCGAAGCCCGCUGAGGCCCAGACUCCUGCCGUCGAGGAAUCAGUCGCAAAACCCCCUCCUACCACCUCGGUUGCUGUCUCCAUCUCCCUAGCUACCGUACUAUCCGUGCAGAAGAAACUCCAGGAUAGCUUGGGCGUGGGCGUGCCGCUGUCGACGUUCCUGGCGCGGGCCACCGACUUGGCAAAUGAUGAUCUCCCUCGUUCCCCGCUUGCGAAGCCCUCCACAGACGAACUUUUCGAUGAACUGCUAGGUGCUGAGCCUGUCACUACCUCCCGGGGUGACUAUAUUCCUGAAUUGAAUGCGGUUGCGACUCCCACGCGGACUGAAUCGGCGAAGCCCGUCCAGGAGGAUAUCAUCGACAUUCUGAGUGGAAAGGUCUCGAAGGCUACUAGCCGAUCGUCUACAGUAGGCUACACACCUGCCCAACCGGCCACAAAUAUCUUCAGCUUGACUAUUCCUGUCGGUGAUGAGAAGAGGGCUCGGGUUUUCCUGGACCGUGUGAAGACCUUAUUGACAGUUGAGCCUGGGCGGCUGGUUCUAUAG